UGUCACGAGCUUCAUGAUGUUGCCUUCAACAUCGCCCCCAACGCCAUCCAACUUGGAUAAAAAUCGCGCGCCGACUCUGUCGUAUUCUACGAAUAAUAGCCUGACCUGGGGCCAUCUUCCUGAAGCUUCCAGCAGUUGAGAAGCAAGAAUGCGAAACAGACUAGGAAUUGUGUGCAGUGGGCGUGUAGGCACAUGAUUUGCCUGGAGCUCGAAGGCAGAUAGAUAGAUCGUUUUUUUUCAACCAAGUGUUUGUGCCGCAUAGCAAUGCGAUGAUCAAAUUAUAGACUUAGUAGGCACAUGAUCACGCGUGUGGUUUGAAGCCUAGCAAGCCUUUAAUAAUACAUGAAUCUCUUGCGUAGAUUAAAAUAGGUUGUCUUGUCAAGUCAAGAAUUUACAUUUCUGUAAAAAGGGUGGAGGUGGAACUCGGGCGAUAUGUCAUGACUAAGCAGAAUGACGCGUUGUUUGCCCUGUUGGCUUUCUGACUAAAUUUGUUUCCUCACGCUUCUCAGACAUCCACCAUCACUUGCACCAACCGCCCACGAUGCUGAAGAUGAAAGCCUACGUCCCCUCACGCAUGCUCCUUCGUGCUCUGUCCCGCCCUUCGCCUCCGAAAUGCCAUCUCAUGCGCGUUGUCCCCUUACAGUAUCGCACCGCCCAUACCAAAGCGUCGAAAACCUCCGCAAAAUCCAAGUCUGCCCCGAAAGCCGUAGCGCACACAAAGCCAACUCCGCCAGGAUACAAACAAUACGGCGAUGAGUUUAUCAAAUUCAACAAAGAUUCCAUCGACGUAAGCAUUCCAGGCGAGGACAAAUAUUCGAUUGACACAUCGGAAAAGUCAAUUUCCGACGAGGAGCUCGAGAGGGACAUGACCGACGAGGAACUCAUGGACCCAGACUUGCCGGAGAUAACAUUUUACGAGCGAGAUCUAGACAGAGGUGGGCCCGAUCUCCUCGUCAAGCGCAUUGCUACACCCCAAGAUCGAGCCAGGCAGCGUGACAUGUUCAAAAUGUUGAAAGAGGACCAGACCAACCCGGACUAUGACGAUGCUGACCUUCGACGCGCCCUGGUUGAUGACAUGCUGGUGGAUCCAAGAUACAAGGAAUUCGCGGACGUGCUAAAGGGCAUGAAGGAGCGCAUCAUGUCCAAGGAGGAGAUGGCGCUAGCAUUGAGGGAACAAGAGGAAGAGGAAGCGCGGGAGGCUCUGGAAUUUGAAGCCUCGCUCAAAAUCGGCGGUGCUGCUGCGAGAGUGGAGGAGCUCCUCAAAGAUUCUCGCCUCCAGGACUUUCGACCUCACUUCCUCGAAUUCCAAAAAAGGCUUGAGAAGUUUGACAAUGACAUCAGACACCCCCAGGUUAAAGAGAUCAUGGACAAUAUUGAACAAGAAUUAUCCAAACGUCCGGACCUAUUUGAUGAGGAGAACUCCAUUGAGGAUUACUCCAUUAAGGAUGACAUGGAGAUCUCGGAGAAGGGAGAAGCCGGUGGACCAAAAACAGAAGCCAAAGAACAAGUUGAAAAUGACGACCAGCUUCUACUCAAGAUGAAGGAUGUGAUGGCGGCUAUGGGUGGGAAUGAGAGUGUGGAAACAGAGAUAGAUGAAUUGCUGAACGAAAAAGUCGAUCCGGAUGAGUUGGAAGAAGAACCUGAAGAAGAAAUGCCAGAGUUCAAUUUUGAAACUCUUUCGGCUGAAAUAAGCAGGCUGAACAAUGAGUCAAAGCUUACCAGCCCGUCUGGAGAGCAGAUAGACCCCGAGCUCCAAGCGAAAAUCGACGAUAUCUUAGCCGAUCCGAACCUGUUGCAGAAGCUCUCGCACCUCCAAAAGUUGAUGGAGACUGCAAAGAAGCGAAAAGCGGCAGGUAUUACCACAGCUCCCCACGGGAUGGCUCCCGAUCCAGAGCAGCUCCCUGCGGAUCGCACUACAGGCUUGCAGCAAAGAAUGGAAAUGGCACGUAAUGAUCCCGAACACGUGGCUGCCCUCACAAGUCUGCACGUCGACCUCCCUCCUCCAUUUCAUAUGUCGCCUGCUCUAAAAUCGUUCAAUCAAGCCAUCGAGCUCGCUUAUCUAGGCGCGAAUGACGAUAUCCGCCGCAUUCUCUGGCGCGCGUAUGUGAAGGUGCGAACCUUACCUACAUUCCUCCAUAAUGUAUCAGAUGAUACGUGGGAUUUGAUGUAUUACUCCCAAGCAGUGACUUGGGCAAGCAAUCAGAAUCGACAGGCCCAUUUGACCUUGCUGCUGCAGGAUCUGGCCAGUGUUGGAAAAAAUGGACCACCUACUCACCCCAGCACGUUUGUUAAGGAUUAG